AUGUUGAAGAAGGAGAACGUGGGCCCAUUAGAAGAUGAAUUGGGAUCAUUGACAAACUAUGACAAAUUAAAGGUGGAAAUAUUGAACAAUUUUUUUCACGAGUGCCUGGCUGUGAGGGGAGGGGAGAUCAGAGCAGCAGCAGGAGAAGGCGGAGCGGAGCUUCUGCACUGGCUGCCGGCUGAUGUAGGAGAGUGGAAUAAGGAUUUUCCUGACUGUGGAGGGAGAGCUCAGUCGCCCAUUAAUGUGGAUACACAGAAGACAGUAUAUGACCGAGCGUUGACUACAAUCCAGCUUUCCGGAUAUGAUGUGACGUCAGGAGAGACCCUGAAACUGAAGAACAAUGGGCAUACAGUGGUUUUACAACUUCCCGAUAAUCUAAGGAUAGUUGAGGGUCUUACUCGUACAUAUGACGCAGUGCAACUGCAUUUCCACUGGGGGUCCCGCGCCAGCCCUGGAUCGGAGCAUACCGUUAAUGGACAGAAGUUCCCAGGAGAGAUUCAUGUGGUCCAUUAUUCCACCGAGUAUGAGAGUUUGGAUGAUGCCAUAACUCAACCAGGAGGUCUUGCAGUGUUGGCAGCCUUCAUAGAGGAAGGACCUGAUGACAAUGAGCCGUAUGGCCACCUUCUGUCGUACCUGAGAGAUGUGAGAGAGGCCGGUGAGUGCAACGUCCUGUCCAUGUAUCUAAUUGCACAGAAUGUUUAA